AUGACGGUUAAUGCCUUGCUGGAUGAUGCCAGCACGCAUACUUACAUCAACGAGGAUGUAGCAGCAGAACUUGGUGUUCAAGCUCAGUAUAUCACUCAAGAACAUGCUAAGUCCAUGGAGAAAGAACUUCCAUUGGCUGCAGCAACCGUGGAAAAGUCAACAUAUAUGGAUGACAAUAUGGAUUCCGUUGACACAAAUAGCAAAGCUAUAGAGCUUUACAAACAGCUGCAACAGCUGUGGAGUACAGCAGGUAUGCACGCUCGUAAGUGGGUUUCCAAUUCCGUGCAAGUUCUCCGAGAAAUACCAGAAGAGGAUAGAUUGAAAGAGAUUAAUAUUCAAUUGAGUGAAUUGCCAUCUGUAAAAGCACUGGGCUUACUGUGGAAUGCAGAAUCAGAUGAGUUUAGAUUUUCUUUCAUGUCCUUAAAGCAGGAUAUCAAGAUGACUAAGAGGAACUUCUUGAAAGAAACUGCUAAGCUGUUUGAUCCUCUUGGUUUCUUAGGUCCAUUCAUCAUUUGGGCAAGGGUUCUUCUGCAAGAAAUGUGGAUAUCCGGUGUUAACUGGGAUGAAACCCUCAGUCCAGAUCUGGAACAAAAAGCAUGGUCAUGGUACCUUGAAAUUGAAAAGUUGUGUUCUGUUAAAAUUCCAAGGGGGCUUGAGGUUAGCUUAGAUACUUCAAAGAUGAAGUUGCAUACAUUUGUAGAUGCUUCAGAGGCAGCAUUUGGAGCUGUGGUAUAUUUAGUAACCACUCGUGAAGAGGACACAAAGUCGAGUUAUCUAGUUGCUUCCAAGUGCCAUGUUGCUCCCCUCAAGGCAGUUAGUAUGCCUCGAUUGGAGCUGCUUGCGGCAGUUCUGGGUGUACGACUGUUACUGGCUAUAACAAAAGCAUUAGAAUUACCUUUGCAACGUGCAACGCUAUGGUCAGACCGCCAGAACGUACUGUGGUGGAUCAAAAGACAGAGUCGGUGUUUUAAGCCAUUUGUAGCAAAUAGGAUUGGAUACAUACAGGAGCAUACAAACAUCAGUCAGUGGAAAUACGUACCAUCCAAGCUGAAUGCUGCAGACAUUCUUAGUAGAGGUGUAGACGCUGAAGCACUUUUGACAGAAAAAUGGCUGAAUGGACCUGAAUUUAUGACGCAUGAUGAAACUGAAUGGCCGAAGCAGACCAUUGACAUGGACAAUACUGAGACAUCAGAACUGAAGAAGCCUUCUUAA